GAGAGCUAAUUUCCCUGAAAAGAGAAAAAUCACUCUUUCUCUUCCAACAUAACAUAAAGGAAAAUGUUACUGAAAAAAUAAAACGAUAGAUCAUUAAUUUAAUUAAUUCCAUCGUAAAUCGUAUCACUUCUAAAUGGAGCGAUUAACAAAGAUUUUACAAUAAAUAUGCUAACAUAAAACUUAUGGAAUUACUCAUAUAAUUAAUGUUUUAAGACAAGUUCACUUAACAAGAAAACAACCCAACAUGUGGGUGUUCGUGAGCGCAUGCGUUUCUCCCACCAAAGCGGCAUUGCAAAUUUGAAGCAGAACACUUUUAUAAAUGGAAUAUAACGAAUUAUCAAGCACGCUACAUGGAACCGAUUUUUGUCAUAUGAAAAGGAUACAGGAAUUAAUUUCGUUCUCAAAAAAACUUUUUAUGUUAGUCGAUACGGAAGUGAAUGCGAAAGAAAAAUACCAUUCGAAAAGGAAACAUUCUCCAUAAAUCUCAAAUUUUCGUUCCAAAUUCUGAUAUGAUUACAAUUCCAAUCUUCCAAAUCGACUUGAUCAAUUCUUUUACUUCAACAUUAUUUGUUUGACAAAUUCGAAAAACGCGAUACAAUUCCGUCCAAGUCUUCCUUGGUAUCAAACAACAUGACAAACUAAAUACACCUCCUAAAUAUUCAAGGAUUUUUGUGGUGAAUGAUUUGAUGACAAAGGAUUUCAACAGCAAUAACAUGAAAACAAAAUAAUAAACACACUAACACACAUGCACUUAACAGAAACGCAACCGCAAAAAACAACUCCAAGGGAAGUUUAAAAGUUAAGAGGGCGACCCGUGUCAGUUGCAAUAAAGUAAGGAGUUGCUAAUGAGCUCGAAAAACUCUGUGACGCAUUGAAUACAAAUUUUUGAAAAUUAAUUCUUCAAAAUAAAAUUCCUUUUUGAAAAUCUAUUAAGAAAUUUUCAUUAAAAAAUGGCUGACGAUGGCGGGAAUCCGGAAAAGGAAGCCGAUAAGAAAAUCAUACACGUAUAUCCCCUAGUCAAGCAUUCGGAUAUGAAUGAGGAAAUGCGUACCGAGGCCAUUGAGCUAAGCAUAACGGCUUGUGAAAAGUAUGCUUCGAAUUAUGAGCAAGCGGCUCGCAUCAUCAAGGAAGCUAUGGACAAAAAAUUCGGCAUUUAUUGGCAUGUGGUGGUGGGCGAGGGUUUCGGUUUCGAAAUAACGUAUGAAACUAAAAACAUUCUAUAUUUAUUUUUUGCCGGAAAUUUGGCUAUAUUACUGUGGAAGUGCUCUUAGUUAAGGUAUUCGUUUAAUAACUUACUCACGUAAAUAUUUUCCGCUGAAAUUUAUGUACGUUUUAUCUUUAGUUAGCUUUAAAAUUAACUCAAUGUAGAUAUUUAGAUUUGUACAUGUUAUUUUCUUGGGUGGUAAAAAUAUGCCUUGAGAUAAUCAAAUAUUUUGAAAUCUUUGAAAUGCAUGUACCUAUAGUUAAUAGUCUUUUUAUGGGUGUAUACAAAAACUAUAAUAAUAAUAAUGGAAGUGUA